AUGGCUGUAUCACCUCUUCCUGGUACCAUGCCAUCCGCUGGAGCAAAUGGUAGCCUUAAACCUCGACCUCUAACCAUGCUUACGAGCAAUCCAGCCGGUUCGAACUCGCUAGUCGCGAACACGCAAAGCUCCAAUAUCAACACGGACAUAUCCGAGCAGCUCAAUGAGGAGGAAAGGCGGAGGUAUGUCAAAGGAAAGAAACUCGGUGAAGGAACAUAUGCCAUCGUCUAUCACGGCCAUCACCGCGACAACCCUUCCAAACUCGUGGCCAUCAAAAAGAUCAAGGUCAACGCCGAAUUCCGAGAUGGCUUGUCAUUCGACGCCAUCCGUGAGGUCAAGUACCUACAGGAACUUUCACAUCCGAACAUCAUCGCCUUACAUUCCGUCUUUUCCUCCAAAAACCAAAAUUUGAACCUUGUUCUCGAAUAUCUUCCGUUGGGCGAUCUUGAAGGUGUCAUACGCGACACCAAAUCCGUACACUACGGUCUUGCAGACAUCAAAGCAUGGAUGAACAUGUUGGCUCGAGCCGUCUGGUUUUGUCAUGAGAGUUUCGUGCUCCAUCGCGAUAUCAAACCGAACAACUUGCUUAUAGCGGCGGACGGAGAAGUGAAAUUGGCCGAUUUUGGUCUAUCCCGUUCGUUCUCGGAUCCCUAUCUCAACAUGACAUACAACGUCAUCACACGCUGGUAUCGACCUCCGGAACUAUUCUUCAAGGCUCGGCAUUACAGUGGGGUCGUCGAUGUUUGGUCAAUGGGCUGUGUUUUCGCUGAACUCAUUCUGAGAACCCCUUAUCUUCCUGGAGGCUCGGACAUGGACCAAGUCACGUUGAUUUGCAAGGCUCUCGGUACGCCGACAGAGCAGAUUUGGCCGGGCGUUGAAAUGCUUGAUGGGUAUAAGGCAUACGCUGCCAUAUCCUCGGAAGCAGUCAAUCCGCCCCCUCCAAAGCAACAGCUUCAGGGCCUGUUCGGAACCAUAGGCGGCCAGGGAAUUGACCUCCUACUCUCCAUGCUUGCGCUGGAUCCGAACAAGAGGGCAACGUCGAAACAGGUGUUGCAGCACGAGUGGUGGCUUACCAACCCCCGACCUAGCAAAAAGGAGGCGUUGCCGAAGAAAGGCGGGGGGCUGGAAAAGGUUGGAGAAGAUUUGAAACGGAGAGGAGGGGAGAUUGGAGAUGGAGAUGGGAGAGGAGAGCAGGUUGCGAGAAAGCUUAAUUUUGGGUAG